GAUUUUCUUUUUCUUUGCAGUUCAACCUUCUUUGAGCUCAGACUAAAGAACAUAAUGGAGACAGAUAUUAAAAUGCUCUUCUGCGUUGCACUUGCAGUUGUUCUGACUGGUGUGGGACAGUCUGCAGUUGUUGGGAAGAGCCACAGCAAAGGGAAGGACGAUCCUGUGCUGCAGUAUGUUGUUAACAACUCUCUGAGGGAGCACCCAGUGCUCACCAAACUCAGACUGAGAACCCUUCAGGACCCGUGGAACAGCAUGAUGGUUGCCAGUGAACAAGCCCAGUUCAUGGCAAAUCUCAUUAAACUGAUAAAUGGGACUAGAGCCAUUGAAAUCGGGAUGUACACAGGGUACAACACACUGAGCAUGGCUUUGGCCAUGCCAGAGGAUGGACACGUGGUGGCUUGUGAAAUAAUGGAAACUUAUAUAAACAUUGCCAAACCGUUUUUUAAAGAGGCCGAAGCAGAAAACAAGAUAGAUGUAAAGCAACAACCGGCCUUAAAAACUUUGAUCGAUCUUUUAGCAGCUGGGGAAGCAGGGACGUAUGACUUUGUGUUCAUCGAUGCUGACAAAAUCAACUAUGACAGAUACUAUGAGAAGUCCCUUGAGCUCAUAAGAGAACGGGGCGUCAUUGCGAUUGAUAAUGUGCUGUGGAGCGGCCACGUCGUGAAUCCUGCUCAUGAUGACAUCACCUCGCAGGCCUUGGACGCUCUUAAUAAGAAGCUGCACAAAGACCAAAGGAUUGAUCUGAGCAUGCUCACUGUGGGAGAUGGGCUGACCAUUGCCAUUAAACGCUAAAUCACUGUCCUAAAAAGGCUGGAUAGAGUAUCAUCACUAUCUCUGUAGAGCUGCAGCAAUCAUCCAGUGAAUGUUUCUUUCUAACAGCAGAAUAAACAUGUCACCUUCA